UGUCAUGAUUUGAUAACGAAAUAAGUAUACGAAGCGGCUUAGUCCCUUAUCAAAUUAAAGUAAAAUCGAUUGGAGUAACUGACCUAUCAAUAUGGUCAAGAAUUUCUAAUCAAAGCACACCCCAAAUCGUUAAAUUUAUGGCAAGAGUAAACUGCUGAGUGAUGUUCUAAUAAGCAUCGAUUUUUCCAUAAAAGCCGCUAAUUGAUUAUUCCCUAGUCAUAUUAAAAACUUACUAGGGCAGACGUUUGACACAGUGCCCCACAGUAUAAAGUUCAAAUUAGGAGUACAUUUUGUUAAUAUUGUAUAUUAUUCAGUGUCUUAAUGAUUAUCUCAGCUCUCAAGAUACAUAUUUAAGAAACAAAAUUAUUCGUAAUAUCUUAAACAUCGCAAUUCGCAACGCAGAGCUAAUACGAAGUGUCACCAUGGCGAGUGGAUCUUGGGAGGAAUUCUUUGCUGUACAUCUACCUCCGACUGACUUUGAAGACAAUAGAUCACUCCUUAAGGAAUUCUGUGAACGGCAUGACAAAUAUGGAAAUAAAAUUGUUCUCGUAACUUCCGGUGGCACAACGGUUCCACUAGAACACAAUACGGUUCGUUUUGUUGAUAACUUCAGUGCGGGCACGCGCGGUUCAGCCUCAGCGGAAUACUUCCUGGAACACGGUUACGCCGUCAUAUUCAUGCACCGGCAGAAGUCCUUAGAACCUUUCACAAGGCACUUCAGUGGGCAAAAGCUUUUGGAUAUGCUGGACUUGCAGGAACAAGGACCAAAUACUACCAUCACAGUGAAACCGGACAGCGUGUUCGCGCUGGCGCCCGUGCUGGCGCGCUACCAGGCGGCGCACGCGGCGGGCGCGCUGCUGCACGUGUCGUUCACGACGGUGUCGGAGUACUUCUGGCUGCUGCGCGCCGCGUGCGAGUGCCUGGCGCGCUCGGGCUCGCGCGCGCUGCUGUACCUGGCCGCCGCCGUGUCCGACUUCUACGUGCCCAAGGACAGAGUCCCAACACACAAGAUGCAAUCUGCGAGUGGACCGCCAGUAAUUCAACUUCAUUUAGUGCCCAAAAUGCUAGCCCCGCUCGUCAACCUCUGGGUCCCGGAAGCUUAUGUGGUCUCCUUCAAAUUAGAAACAGAUGAAAAUCUUCUAAUAACAAAAGCUAGAGCUGCCUUAGAAAAAUAUAAACAUAAGAUGGUGGUAGCGAAUCUGUUACAAACGCGCCACCAGAGAGUGAUACUGGUCUCUCCGGAUGCGAACCAGGAAAUCGUACUCACCAGAGAAGAAGUACACGCAGGUGUGGACAUCGAGGCGACCAUCGUGGGGGAGAUCGUGCGCCUGCACGGCGCGCACGCGGGCGGCGCGCGCUGAGCCCCGCGCGCCCGCCUGGCGCGGCUCUACCUCACCGUGUAGGCGGGCCCGCCGCGAGCCGAGCCGAGCCGAGCCGAGCCGAGCCGAGCCGAGCGCCGAGCGCCCUCGGUCACGUUGCCGUGUCGGUGUCGGCUCGGCCGAGUGGCUCGAGAUACUUUAGCGGUUCGUGUGCGAUUUGGCCGUAUCGUUGCCGAGCCGCAAUUAUAGCGCGACCGUGUCGUGUGGCGUGUCGUGUAAAUGGGGGUCUCGUAGUUUGAUAGUAAACAGAGGACGAGUAAUAUUUUACAAACUGUAACAACUUCCGAAAAAUUGUAUAUCAUAUUUAUACAAGCUACUAGUUGUAUGAUUAAUUAAUGUGUCGAAGACACACGUGUAAUCAUAGAAUAUAAUUAUAAUGGUAGGUAACAUUUGCGAACUGAGUGUUUGUCAAAUGAUCUUUUAAUAAAACGAAUAAUUUCCGCCAGUCUGAGAGGGGAUCAUGUAUUCUGGGUAUUGGGUACUCUGUAACUCCCACAACAUGUAAUUUCACGAUAAUCGGUUGAGUAGUAAAGACCCGAAAGCGUAACAAACACACACACUAUCGCAUUUAUAUAUUGUAAGUAUAUGUUUUCAGAACAAGAUGUUUGUCACCUGAAUAGUUUCUAAAAGGUUUUUUUUUUUUUUUUGUAAAAUAAUCAUUUGUCAUAGGUUAUUUGACAAACAAUAGGGAAACGAAACUUAUGUUUAAUAAGUUUAUAUAUAAGUAUAUUUUUAAUCUAUGGAAUACUUAAUCAAAUAUUGUCUUGUUACCAGUUCUAGUUGAUUUAGUAUCGUGAGAUAAAUUUUAACAAUUAUUUAUAAAUAUUUUCUAAAUUUGAAAAGAUUUCAUUAUGCAUCUAGUUGAGAUAGUUUUAUGUUUACAAAUAAUAGUAAUAAUAAUAGAUAUAAAUAAUAUUAUUUGUAUAAUUGUUAAAGUUAAAUUAUUUCUUAAUACUUAAAUAAUAAAAUUAAUCUACUGACUGCAAAUAUCUGUCGAAAUCGUCGUUAAAUGUAUAUAUAUAUAUAUAUACUAUACUCAUGUUGUAAGGGAAAUAACUAAUAAUGACGUUGUCAAAAAUUAUUGAAACACAACUGUCUUGCAAUGGAACGAAUUGAGAAGUAAAAAAAUUAUAGCCAGUGUCACGCGGGAUGAUGUAAUUAUUCUAAGAACACGCCAUAUAUUCAAAUCUAUCACACAUUUAAAAGUUAUGGUGGAAUAAAGAAACUCACAUAUAUGUUUACAUGAGCCCUGAAAACAAUAAAUCUUCCUUUUUUUUGGGUAGUCGUGUAAAAAAAUACAAAAAAUAUCGACUUUGUACUUAUAAAACAGGAGACAUCGCAUAAUUUAGACAUAUAUAUAAUAUACAGAUAUAUCCAUAUAAUUUAGCAUUUGAAAUUAUGUAAUAAAAGUGUUUUCGUCUAAUAUGUAUACUUAAAUUAUAUAUUAAUUUAUUAUUACUAUGUUAUAUAUGAGAAUAGACAAAUUUACAAUUAAUAAUAUUCAAUGAACGAAAACUAAAUAUGCAAUUCCUAAAUAAAUUUUGCAGCACGUGCGCGUGCCUUUAUUAAACAAAGGCGCAUGCGCAAGUACCCGCCCGGGGGAUCAGGCGACCGGGGCGCUAUAACUCGAACAUUUAAAAUCUUGUGCGCACUUUAUUAGUAUGGAGUUAUUUGCACGCUAUCAGUUAAAAAAGCAUCCAUAUUUGUAAAUAUCGAAACUAAGACGUCCAUAUACUAUCUUGUAAUAUUGGAUAGUUAACUACAUUAUGCAGACUGCUAUAUAACAGGAGACUGUAUUUUAAUAAUUAAACACGCAAACCGUAUGUCCUACGUAUGUACGUAUAAUAUAUGUAUCUAGGACAUACGAAUCAACGUAUAUAUACAAUUGGUCUACGAUAUGGAUACAUGAGCAGACGAAAGCAAAGUGUUCAUAUGGAUUUUAUUUUUAGUUAAUCUGUGCAAAAAUAUGUUUUCAUGAUGAGAUGAAUGAUGAUGAAAUACACGAGAUGGUAAAAUUUCCAUCUUAUAUGUUUGUAUGUAUCGUAAAUUAUGUUAGUAUAAUAUAAUAAAAAGUAUAUAAAUGAUAUUAUCGUUGUAUUUGAUGUGUUAAAGAUUAGUAAAAAAUGUUAGUUACAAUAACUGUAAUUUAAAGUGUCUGGCAAGUUAUUGUCAUCAUGAGAUUCGAACUAAACAUGACACUUAAUAAAAAAAAUGAUUUAGCAGUUGUCUACAGUGAAAUUUAAAAAUUAUUUUACGUUUUUACCUAUCGCGUAUGCACGUCUUGUAAAGUUGUGUCAUGCGAGUCCAACAGAUUAGUAAGUUUCUUUGAGUUUUAGUUCAGUCAGUGUUCUGACUUAGAAAUACUUCCAAAUACUCGAUACGCGUUUCUACUCUGUUAAAAAACCUACCGCGGAGCAACCAAGUCGAUACCUGGAUUUGAGUCUGUUACAAAUGUCACAGUAUAUACGUCACAUCUCUAAUUAGAACUCGGAUGUGGCCAAAAUUGUCUAUGGCAAUGACAAAAAUUAUUUAAAAAAAAAGAGUAUAAAAACGUUAAUGUGUGCUAAACUAUUUGUAAUUUGAAAUUUAAUUGAAUCGUGUGUGAAUUAAUAAAUUUAAAUUAUUGGUGUUAUUAAAUAUAAGAAAUAUAUAUAUAUUUAUAUAAUAUAUUAACCACAUUUAGUCGUAAUGUAAUGUAAACUUUGAGUAGUUUUUGUAUUGUAUUAUAAAAAACAUAUAAAUCAUUAUUGUUUAUAAUUGUAAUUAAAAUGACAUCUACCAUUAAUACAUUAAGUCGAAUAUUAAAAAGUAUUUUUAUAGUUUAUUUAUUUGGUCGGCAGAAGGUAAAUGUCUUAAUCUAUUAAAAGGUCGGACACACUCGUGAGACCAAGAGAAGCUAAUACGAUAGCGAAAUAGCAAUAGGUAAAGCCAUGGGUUAUCCAUGGAAGCUCGCUUAAGAUUUGCCAUUUAAUUGACAUCAUAAUCUCGAGCACACGAAUAAAUUUUCAUGCAAAAAAUAACUUGCGUCCAUAUGGACAGGUUUAUACAAUGUAAGCAUUGAAAAAUGCGACCGUCAUAAAAGACUUAUGUAAUGAUGUGUGUAAAGUAUUUGAGCGAUUGCGACGCUACCGGUACAAUAGCACAGUGAGCGCUUACCAUAGACAAAGAUAAUGGAGUCAACUCCACGUGUCCACUCUGUAUACAAGUGAUUCUCUCUAUAUACAAGUAUUCUAAAUCGCGUUUAAAAGAAAAAAGACCUGUGGACCAAUCAUUUUAGAAAGGGACGCAGAGUUUUAUCUUCCUCAUAUCUUUUCGCCGAUAUUUACUUCUCAGCUAGGAAAUCAUCAAUUCUUUUACUUUGUCUAUGAUUCUACUCUGUAAAACGUCACGGUCGCUUGUCGUUCGUAUUCAAACGCCGACGCCUUCUGAUGGUGAUUUCUACUACUCUAGAAUAAUUCUUAGUGUCAAAUUCUUACGCAGAUACAAUUUUAAAUCAAUGUACUACAAUACAAUUUCGCUUGAAUAUAGAAAUUUGAAAAACGUUUAUAUAACAUUACUUUUCGGGGCAAAUUUAUAAAUCCAACAAAGAUUAUAGCGAUGCCUUAUUGUUUAGUUAGAUUAAUUAUUAAUAACUGAAAAACAUAGCUAAGAAAAUAUAAUAUAUUAUGUUUUAUAUGCCUUAUUUUUAUAUGUAGAUAAAAUUAUCUAUGGUGAUGUGUUUUAAUUUUUAGGUCUAAUUAAAGAGGCUUAAAACUUUUUUUAAUAAAGUAAAAUAAUACAGUUCGACAUAAUGUAUGUAAAAAUUGCAUAUCAAGAUCAUUUAUAGUUCCCCAUAUUGUAAAAAAAAAAAUAUAUUUUACGUAAUAAUAUAUCAUUGAUGUAAUAACCGAGUUAGACAAUCCGUAUAUAUUAGUUACAAUGCUAUCAAAAUUCUGAGGAUUUUUUUAAUAUAUCUGAUUGUCUUUGUCUGAUUGUCUGUAUGUUAGUUAAAUAUUUUAAUGUUAAUGUACGGUUAUUUGUUUAAGUGGUUUUAGUACACUAUACUUGUCUAUAUAAUCUAUAUAGUUGUAUUGUUGUUGGAUGUAAAGGGUAUUUAUUUAUAUAGAUGUUUGUGAAAUCUUGUUGUUAUCUAAUCUCCGUAGAUGUAAUAUAAUACCAACCUCUUUGUAAGUUAUUUUAUGUAUAUUUAUUAUCUGUCAUAUGAAUUUAAUUAAAAAAAAUAUUCGCUGUUAUAUGUAAAUCUUUUUAAUUUUUAUUUAUAUACUAUAACGAAAUUUUGCGUAUUAUAUUCAAAAAAUUUAAUAAAGAUAAAGAAAUGCAUAGAGGUUGUAUAUAAAAAAAAAAUGUAACCAUAAUGUUUGUGUGUGCCACUUGUUUAAGGUGUGUGAUACGUAAUAAACGUAUGUAUAGAUUUUUAUAGAAAAUGUAAAUCUUAGAUGUAAACCUUUCCAAAUACUUCGACUGAUGUUUUAUAUUUCUAAUAAAAAAAAAACUUGUUUCAGCCUACUUUGACUAAAAUGUUCGAAAUAUAUUUUUUUUAUUUAUUUAUUGAAGUCAUACUAAUCGAUUUUUUAUUGCGAUUAAUUUAUUUUAGCUAUUGAUUAUUGUAAUUAUAGUAAUAUUUUAUUUUUACCUACAUGACGAUAGUUGUGUUUUAUGUAAAGUAGCUUAUUUAACUCUUAACACUCAAAACGAUAAUUUAUCCUAAACAAAUUAUAUUAAAAAGACAUAUUCACAAACAAACUCAUAAGGAACUCUCGAUUUGUCUAUGGUUUUUGACUUAUAUUUUUAAUCUGUUAUUUCGGCACACAAAGAUUUUUUACAAUCUGCUCUGUGACUAACCGAACCCGUACGAAUGUAUUAUCAAUUUAAGAUAAAACAAGACAAAUUGCCCCCGUUUCUUGUAUUCUAUAUAACGUUUAAUAUUUCACGUUAUUCUUUAUUUAAAAGUUCACAUUCGAUGUUUGAAAAAUUAUAUUUGAAACAAUGAGUAGCAUUAAAGACUAAAUACAUCGCACACAUUGACAUAUUGUUUGGUCUUCAGUGUGCCUAGUGCGCUUUUUUUUACUUAUACGAUAGUGUUGAUUUGUAUGGAAUUCCGAUUAUUAUCUCUAUCAUUCUAUACUAAUGUAUAAAUAUAAAAAAAAAUGUAUAUAUAAAAAUUGCACUUGGCACACUGAUUAUCCCGUCGUCGUGUUUAUCAGACAAUAAGAUCUAUAGUCCUCAUGUGUAUAUAUAUAUAUAUACUUGUGUUACCAAUUGUGACCUUGAGAUUUAUGUUAAAUAUUUUUUAAUGGCAACGACGUUAACAAGUUCGUUUAAUUAAGGGCACACUUAUAAGGUACUGGUUCUUAGGAAUUUAAUUUACAUCAAAUCAAAAAAAAAUUGAUCAGCAUACUCAUUAAUCGUUCAACGAUAACAGCAUUGAAGAUUAGCCUGAAAAAAACUUCGCUGCAAAUAUACAGCCUGAGGUGGCCGAUUCCGCGGAGAUUCCGGACCCAAAACUGAGCAAGCAUCACUGCAUUUUGCUUUAUUUGUUUUUAUAAUUCAUAUCGUGUUUGGCGGGAAACCUACAUGUGUCGGAUGAAAAUGUGCCGCUUGUGUAACCGCCAUUUUAACAUCGUCGUUGUAAAAUGAAUGGAACAUUGCCAUUAAAAUAAUUUAACGUGAACUUCAAGUAAUUUCUAUAUACUAUUUACUUAUCCUUUAGGCGUUUCGUGUGAAUAAAAUAUGUAUGUGUAUAGGCGUAGCCAGUGAAGUUUCACACCGGAAUGAAAUAUUGCUUAAACUGUCGGAUUAAUCAUUAAAUAAAUCCGCUUUCAUUCCAGUCGAUUAUAGUUGAUCAUUGAUCAUUCUUGAAUCAAUUUCAAUUAGUCUGCAUAUGAUUUUUGGUCAACUAAAACUGAACCGUGUAGACCCGCAUUUAGGUACCAUUUUCCGAUGCGUCUUUAUUUUAGAAACAGCUGUGUCUGGCUACGUCUCUGGUACUAUCAAACAAAUGGGUAUACCUUGUUGUGAUAAUGUUCUACAAAAAUGUGGUAGUGUUCGAUGAGAUUUUAUUAGAACUGAAUAUAUAUUUCAUCAUUUUA